AUGGUCAAAUCCCCAGGAUCAAAGGGUAGGCCUGCGUACUAUCGCCGUUCCGCUAAGAAUAACCCUCCAGUGUUCUUUCCGAAUCUUCCUACCCUCACGAGCUGGCGGGACGGCGGGAAAUGCCCCGAGACCAUCACGACAGCAACAGAGUAUGACGCUCGCGUUCAGAAAAAGCCCGCCGAGGUUGCCGAGGUCGGGGAGAAAAUUGCUCAGGGACUCUAUCAAAACGAAGACAGGACCACCACAAGGAAACCAGUCCCUGCUUCCACGCGUGAUGUCCAUGCACGGGAUACGGCAGCUUCUAGCAGCAAAAGAAAGCUAGAUAGGACCAGUCCAGAGUCUUCACCUAUGGCGAAGAGGAUACACAGCACCAGUGGUGCCGGGAAAGAAGGCCAGGAGAAGAGAUCUCAACUGGAAAGUGCAGACGGAUAUAAGUAUCUGAAGCAAAGUCAAUUGCGAGAAGAGUGCCUGUCUCGUUCUCUACCAGCCGGGGGGGGCAAUCAAGACCUUUCGAAACGCCUAAGGCUACACGAUGCUGCUCGGGCGCAGAUCUCUACUUCUCAGGAAUCCGUGAACGAGCAUGUUACUUCUUACACAUCGUCCAGAGGGGAACCGUCAGACAGGUACACAGAUAUGUUGCAGAAAGAUUUACGGAAAGCGUGCGUGAAACGCUCCCUCCCAGUCGGUUUGACGAAAAGGGACCUCAGACGCUGUCUCAGGGUGUAUGACGCUGCGCGAGCGCUGGGACUUACUCCCGAAGAGUCUCUAGAGGCGCAGAGGGCUACUUUUCAAGAGCACGCUCGGAGCGUCAGUCCUGAAGGGUCUAUAGAAGAGAACGCAUUUGGCGCUGCUCCUAAAAAGGCUGUUGAAGUGCAACCGCUGGGCAAGACUUCUCGAGAGUCCAUCGUGGAUAACGGGCAGGGGCCCACGUCUCUGGAAUUUUCAGAAGGUGAUGCUUCCCCUCUUACAAAUUCUCAGAUGUCUUUAGGGGAAGAUAUUGCUUCCUCUUCUGCUACUACGAAGGACUCUACUCAGGACUCUACCCAAAACCGCGGCACUUUUGAUAUAUGUCCUGGACCGGCAGCGACACUUAACUACGCCGCCAUGGGCCAAACUGAAUUAAGAUCACUGUGUAGAUCUCGCUCCCUUAGGCAGCGUGGUUUCAGUGCACCGCAGCUCCGCAAGGCCCUCAAAACUUACGACAGGAAAUUGCCCGAACAGGCAAACAAUGCAGAAGUCGAUGUCGACGCUGAACAUAAAACUGCGAAGCAUGGGGACGCACCCCCUGCCUCUUCACCGCCUGCUGCGUUCAUCGAUCUUGACUCAAGCUCGCAGGAUGGCGACAUCUGUGAGCAGCAAACGCGGUCGGUGGUCACCAGCGCCAGAAUCGCGCGUGAAGAGCCAGUGUCAGGCUUUCUGUGGACGGUCGACAAAGGUCGGCGCCCGCCGGUAUCCACUGACGCUCAAGUAGAGGUUCGGCAAGGAGGGUCAGUGGAGCGGGCAAGCGCUGGGAUACAUUCCGAGAAGGAUCCCUACAGUACUCCCUAUUCGCCACGACUAGUCCAGAAAUCCCCGAAAAGAAUCGGCAAUAAGUCAAGCCCCCAGGGGACGCUGUAUACUAAAUACCCGAUGUCGCUACAACAGCCUCUUGUCUCGCUGGUCAACCUCACCAUCAGGGAUACCAAGAGUAGUGCCAGCGAAAGUGCUCAUCAAGAGACUCAGAUGAAGACAAAGCCACCAUCGGAGCUUGCUCUCAAAAUGGCAGAGAAAGAAGAAUUCAACGCCAGAUACGCCACUGAGCGCCCUUCUUGGAUUUGCUGUUGUGAGACCCCUGGCUAUGAAGCUAGACCAAAACAGCUCGCAGAUUUCUCGGGCAAUUGCUUUUACCACGUCUCCCAACUUGCCCAAUGGGGGACUUUCACCAUGAAAGAAUAUCAGGAAUACCAAACUACUCAGCAAGCGCUGGAUCGAAUAGCAUCGUGUCUCUGUCAAAAGCCUGCAGUUGAUCAUCCAGAACACCAUGUGACCAUGACCCAGGGAGGGUUCAUUCUAGCCCAAAUAUGGCGAGAGCAGUUGACAAGACGCCAGUCGGUGACUACUUUUAGGCCUGAUAUGGCGGCGUACCGAAGAAAAGGAAUAUUAGAAGUGAUGCACAACGUUCUUCAAGAUUUCAUGAUCGAGCUCUCAAGUCGACAGCCAAAACGGCCCCUUGUAUUGUGGGCUCGGGUGGAAGCUAUGGCCUGGUUCAUCAAUACUCUUCCUACGAGUAACGAGUGGCAUUAUUUCCAAGACUGGAAAAGGCCUUGUCAUUAUAUCAUGUUAUUUGGUAUAGCGCUACUAACGACGAUUGAUGUGCUGCUACGACAAAACAUCUUCAAGGACAAGGAGCCGAAAGUCCCUAACCUUGGCCUGGUACUCGCCUUGUUCAUCCAAUGUACCUGGACAUCACCAUCGUAUACCAUGAACUCAUUUCACAAUACAGAUACGUAUAAGUCACCUUUUAACAACAAUAUAUGCGUAAACAACGAGAAUGGAUGGGCAGCCGAGGUUGUUAGUCUGGCGGACCAACAUGGGGUUGGGAUAAAUGGAGUAAAGAACAUUAAUGACAUCGUGGAUCGAUGGCGUCUGAGAAGGAAGGCCGUCGAGUUUGUUGAAGAUCAGACUAGGAAGGGACAGUACGCCGUCCUGCACAGUGGGAAAACAAUACCGCCCAUCCAGGCAGCAUUGGCGUCCAUAGCAGACAAAGCAGCUGAGACUCCGGCCAAGAGGGGAACGGGACAGCGAACAACGUCGCCCUCUUACAGGAGCUCUCGCCCAACUAUGGAUCCACAAAUAACAACCUUCUUGCUCCUGCAGCUUCUAAAGACUUGGCAUCCGGAUGUCAUAGCUCUUGCUGGGCUUACCCCAACUGAUUUGUCAAAGACGCCAAAGCUGCAGACUCCACCGUUAAUUGCGAUUCUCGCGUGCUGGGCAGAUGCCCCGGCCACAGCAAAUGAGCCAGAGGGCAAGGAGCUUCCGUGCGGGCACAGAGUCGACGUAUGCUGGAUUUUGACUCGCUCUAAUUUAUUUGGCGACCUGGUUCGGGGACGAAGGCCCCGGUCUUUGGAAUGUCCGCACUGUGAUAUUCAGUACACACUUCCAAUGAUCCCGGAUCCUUCGGUGGUAGACGGUCUUCAGGCUCGGAUAGACCUUAUACAGUGGGUUUGGGCCCGCGGCAAGGAUGCACCAAAUAACGCCGACGUGAAAAUGGUCAGGAUACUUCGAUAUAUUUUAGUCCACAUCGGACACCUACCCCGGAACUUAGAGAUGACCUCGAGCUUUUUACGGGUUGGGCCAAGCCAGCGGCGACUAAGGCAGACCCUUCGGCUCUUUGAUCAAGUGGGUGUGGCCGGGGCGGUAGGAAAGAUCUACGCAGGCCCAGGGCUGUUACGAGGCACAGAGCCUUUCUGCAAGUUUCACCCUUCAAAGGCACGGCUACCGGGUUAUGCGCAACUCAAGUAUCCUCCUCCUUCUCCAGGUCGAUACUGCGACUGCAAGGAGCCACAUUGGGCACGAGAACCCAGGGCAUGGGCAUCCACACCUGCGGAGGACGAAGAGGAGUGGGGGUUUGCAGUACCUCGGAUCGAGAAGUUCGGAAAGAUUGGAAAGUCCAGACAGAAAAAGAUGGUGAGAUUUGCGGCCCCUGUCAUCACACACAUUCAAUACUUCGAGCCUUGGUGGUGCGAUGAAUAUCGGGACAGCAACCGUUAUUAUUCGUCAGGAUCGUGCAGGACAUCCGUUGAUCGUUCCACUAAACUGGAUGAUGACCGCGAGAUUGCCAGGUUGAAUGCUGAGGCAUUUGCGGCUGAGCGACUCAAGAUCAAACGACGUUUAUGA